AUGUCGGUCAAGCGUGUGCUCGUUAUUGCCGGCUCUGACAGCUCCGGUGGCGCUGGUCUUGAGGCCGAUCAACGGGUUCUUGCCGCCCAUGGAUGCUAUGCCCUCACAGCUACCACCGGGUUGACGGCACAGAACACUCUCGGCGUGCAGGACAUUUUUGUCGUCCCGUCGGAAUUUGUAAGGAAGCAAAUUAAUGCAGGCCUUGAGGAUGUCGGUGCAGAUGUAGUCAAACUAGGCAUGCUGUCGUCCGCGGAGACAAUUGAUGUCAUUGCCGAGACGCUACAAGCGCACCGGGUUCCCUCUAUAGUUCUCGACCCGGUCAUGGUAUCUACCAGUGGCUCCCAGCUACUCCCAGAAAAAGCCGUGAAGGAGCUUCGCACCAAGCUACUCCCAAUCACCACAAUCUUGACCCCUAACAUUCCAGAAGCACAACUCCUACUCAAGGACUCUGGUAUUGAUGCCCCGGAACCUUCCGAUCUGGCUGGUUUAAUUGAUCUUGCAAAGAAGAUCUGCGCAAUGGGCCCGAAAGCUGUCCUCCUCAAAGGCGGCCAUCUCCCACUUACCAAUGACCACAAGAUCGCCAGAAGCCCCGAAGAAGCAACAACAGUAAUCGACAUUCUUUAUGACAGCGUCACCGACGAAACGCAACUCUUUGAAACGGAGUUCCUGGUGUCGAAAAAUACACACGGAACUGGCUGUUCGCUCGCUUCGGCGAUCGCUGCUAACCUUGCGAUGGGGAAGGAUAUGUCGCGGGCUGUGCGCAAUGCCGUGCGAUUUGUUGAGGCGGGUAUCAAAACCAGCGUUGAUCUAGGAAAGGGAAGUGGACCGAUUAACCACUUCCAUUCGAUAUAUACUAUGCCUUUUGCACCUGGUCGAUUUAUCGAGUAUGUACUGGAUCGCCCAGAUACUCAACGGGUAUGGCAAAAGUUCACUCAUCAUGACUUUGUCGAGGGAAUGGGUAAUGGAACACUACCCCUGCAGAGAUUCAAAGAGUAUCUUGUUCAAGACUAUCUGUACUUGGUUCAAUUUGCCCGAAGCAACGCACUGGCCUCAUACAAGUCCCAAAGUAUGGACUCAAUAGCAGCAUCUGCCCAGAUUGUUCUGCACAUCCAGCGAGAAAUGGCGCUGCAUUUGGAAUACUGUGCCUCUUUUGGCCUGACCAAGGAGGAGAUGGAAGCACACCCGGAGACCAUCGCAUGCACCGCAUACAGCCGCUACAUUCUUGAUGUGGGUCAGUCUGAGGAUUGGCUUGCCUUGCAGAUGGCUCUCGCCCCCUGCUUGAUCGGGUAUGGAGCCAUUGCCAAACGACUUCAUUCCGACAAAGGGACUCUUCGCGAGGGAAAUAACUAUUGGAAAUGGAUCGAGAACUACGUCGCCGAUGACUAUAGUGAAGCCGUACGACUUGGAUCAGCUUUACUGGAAAAGCAUAUGCACAAAGUAUCUCCCGAUCGCGUCGAGUCUUUGAUUAAAAUAUUUGUCCGAGCCACCGAGCUGGAAAUCAGCUUCUGGGACAUGGGAAUGAGCGAGAAGAAACUGUGA